AUGUCUAUCAGUCGUCAAGUCGCCAAGACCGUCUUUGCCCACGAAGUCUCUGAAGGGGCUGGUGCCCGCGUAAGACGAUCAAUCGGUACGAAGGAGCUCCGGAACCUCACUCCGUUCUUGAUGCUCGACCACUUUACGAUCCAUCCUGGAGCCGGAUUCCCCGACCACCCUCACCGAGGGAUGCAGACUUUGACAUGGCUCUUUAGGGGUAUCUUUAACCAUGAGGACUUUCUCGGCAACAAGGGCGAACUGCGAGCUGGUGAUGUUCAAUGGAUGACUGCUGGUGAAGGUAUCGUCCACUCUGAAAUCCCCUGGUUCGACCCCGACCCCAAGAAGAGAGAGCCUGUCGAGGGCUUACAGCUCUGGAUCGAUCUCCCCUCGAAACUAAAGUACAUCAAGCCAGAGUACUAUGACCGAAAAUCGGCAGACAUCCCCGUGGCAACCCCUGUUGAGGGUGUCAAGGCGACCGUUCUUUCUGGCGAGUCUCACGGUACCAAGGGAACAGUCACUCCCGCCGGCGGCGCUUGGUAUAUCGACUUUAAGCUCGAGAGACCCGGUGUUUCCGUAUUCCAGCCUCUCCCCGAAGGUUACCAGGCAUUCAUCUACUUGGUCAAGGGCAAGCUCCAGAUCGGCGAAGACAAGGAGCAAUACGACAAGUUCAACCUCCUCGUGCUAUCAACCGAAGAUGGUCAAUCCGGUGUCCGCCUCACUCGGCCUGCCGACGCUGGAGACGAAGAUGUCCACGCCGUGCUCGUCGCUGGCAAACCCCUCGACCAGCCUAUCGUCCAGUACGGUCCCUUUGUAGUCAAUACGCAACAAGAAGCUCGUCAGGCCAUCUUUGAUUUCCAAACGGGCUCCAACGGGUUCGAGCGGGCGCCCGGGUGGAAGAGCGACAUUGCAAAGGAAUUUGACAGGCAGUACAGGUAG